AUGAGCUUGUUCCGUUUUUCCUAUUGCUCUUAUGCGCAUAGAAAAACGGAACGAAUUCAUGCGCACAGCUACGCGCUGUUUUCAAAUAAAUAUGGCGGAUGAAAUGCCGGUUGAUAAUGUGCUUUCUGUGGUUGCUUCUGUUAUUUGCAACCAGCUUGAUGAUUAUGAAAAAGAUGACAAAACUUCUUCGUCAUCUAGCAGCAGUGAAGAGAAUUCUAGCGAAGAAGAUGAUAUAUGCACAUUGUAUGCCAUAUUGAUGGUGAGUGAGACGCGGGGUGAAACUUUCCUGAAAGAAAAAUUAAAUGAUUAUGUGGAACGAGUUGUUCCAGGAUAUUCUAAAAUAAUUUUUAAAGAACAUUUUAGAAUAUUUCCAGAGACAUUUCAAAUAGUUUUAAGGCUUUUAAGGCCUGCUUUAAAUGUCACAAAUACUCGUGGAAGGAAACAAAUAUCUCCUGAGAAACAGUUUAUGAUAACUUUAUGGUUCAUGGCUACUCCAGAUUCAUAUCGAUCUGUAUGCGUUAAAUUUGGUGUGGGAAAGGCUACUGCAUUACGCGCUGUGAGACGUGUAACAUACGCCCUCCAUUGUCUAGCACCACGUUUUAUAAAAUGGCCAAGAGAAGAGGAAGCUACUCGUGUUAUUGAAGAAUUUCAAAAAGCAAAAGGUUUUCCAGGAGUCAUUGGAGCUGUUGAUGGCUCUUUUAUACAGAUACGAGCUCCUCAAAAAGAUGCAGCUUCCUACAUUUGUAGAAAAAAUUAUCAUGCCAUUCACCUUCAAGCUGUGUGUGAUGCUCGAAGUCUAUUCACACAUUGCUAUGUUGGCCAUGCAGGAUCUGUGCAUGAUGCGCGAGUUUUUAGGAAUUCUCCUCUAGCUGAUUUCAUCCAAAGGCCAGAUGAAUAUUUUCCUUCAGAUUCUCAUAUUAUUGGAGAUGCAGCAUAUACACUUCAUUCACAUUGCAUUGUACCGUUUAGAGAUAAUGGACACCUUACUACAAGGCAAAAGAAUUUCAAUUAUUGCUUAUCAUCUACUCGCAUGGCCAUUGAAAGAGCCUUUGGACUUCUGAAAGUAAGAUUUCGAAUUUUACUCGACUGUUUGCCUCUGACUGAUAUCACUAAGAUACCACAAUUUAUUAUUGCAUGCUGUGUAAUGCAUAACAUCUGCAUACAACAAAAUGAUCAUGUUGACGUUAUUAUCUGUCCCAACAAUGAGAAUAUUGUUCCUAAUAUAGCAGCAAAUAUAGAUUUGGGUAUCCUAAAGAGAACAAGAAUUAUGAACGAAUUGAGGAUGAGACUUGAAAAUGAAAAUAAUUAGCAGUUAUUAUGACAUACACCGUGCACAUUUCAUCUUUUUCGCUAAAAUUCUUUUCACUGUUACUAAACGACGAAUAUGUUUUGUCAUCUUUUUCAUUAUCAUCAAGCUAGUAGCAAAUAACAGAAGCCACCACGGAAAGCAUAGAAACAGUCUCGUUUGUUUAGGAAUGCCUAUUCAUUUAAGUUGCACGCGUAUCGGAGCAUAUUCAACAUAUUUCUUUUUAAUUAUUUACUACUUUAACACGGCCCAAUUUAUAUCCGAAGCAUGCGUUCUAAAUAUACCUCUGUGUGUACAAUUAUUAAAAGAGUUCAUAUCAAAAGUAAUUAUAAAAAGAAAAUAAAGUUUUAAAACUUUAUUUUUUUUUAUAAUUAUAUGUUUCAUUACUUAUUGUACAGAUUGCAUUAAGCAAUCUUGUUUGUUUAUAUAUACAAUUAUAAAAAGGUAAUAAAGGUUUUAAAUAAA